UAUAAAUUAAUUUCAGUUUCAAAUGGCAGAUGAAAACUUGGAAUAGAUAAUUGAUAUGCCAGAAUAAUCAGAUAUGAUCAAUGAUGCAAGAACACAAGUAUAUAAUAAAUCUACUUUUCAAGGCUAGAUAUGCAGUCGAACAUUUUAAAGUCGAAUCCUAAAUUUCCAAUUAUAUAAAGAAGUUUUUCGAUGAGAAAUAUGGUCCAAAUUGGCAUUGUGUUGUUGGUAAGCAUACUAAUUAAAUUACAAAGGAAAACAUUUCAAUUCCUACACAUCAUAUGAAAGCAAACGUUAUAUGUUUUUUUACGAGGGCUAAAUGGCUAUAUUACUAUAUAAGAUGGGUUGAUCAA